UCCUUCAUUCAGCAGAACAAAAUUAGCACUCAAUAAGAUUUCCUACCCUCACUCCAACAAUCCAUUCAACAAAGAAAAUAUUUCAUUUGAAUUUUCAAAUCUAUUUCACAUUAUUAUGCUUUACAAUUCAAACAAUAUCCUAAAUUUCUUCAGUAUCCAACUCUGCCUCUCAGUAAGAAACUAUUAGUUCUAGAAAGAAAAGUGCACUUUCAGAUAUCAAAGUGAUAUAUACAAUACAAAAUGGAGAAUGAAUGUAACUGGGAGCAUAACACACUCAUCAAUGAGCUAAUUCAAGGGAUGGAUGUAGCAAAGAGACUGAAAGAAGACUUGAGGACACCAUAUUCCCUUGGCACAAGAGAUUCACAGAUGCAGAUGAUAUUAUCUUCCUAUGAAAAGGCUUUACAAAUUUUAAGAUGUAAUGAAUCAACUUCUAAGUCACAGCCAGUGACUCCAGUAAUAACUUCGUUACCGGAAUCCCCAGUGUCUACCAAUGGGAGUCCUCUGAGCGAGGACUUUGAUGGGACCUUCCAAGAUCACCAAGAAGUUAAAAAUAAAUCAAAGAAAAGAAAGGUUGCGCCCAAAUGGAUGGAUCAGAUAAGAGUGAGCUGUGACAGUAGCCUUGAAGGACCAAAUGAAGAUGGCUACAACUGGAGAAAAUAUGGUCAGAAAGAUAUCCUUGGCACCAAACAUCCAAGAAGUUACUAUCGGUGCACCUUCCGCAACACACAGGACUGCUGGGCGACGAAGCAAGUGCAGAGAUCAGAUGAAGAUCCGACAAUAUUUGACAUAACUUAUAGAGGAAAGCAUACAUGUUCUCAGGGAAACAAUGCCAUUGAGCCAUAUAAGUCACAAGAAAAACAAGAGAAACCGCACAUCCAUAAUAAUAAUAUUAUUCACCAUGCACAACAAUCACAAGAAAGCUUUACAAAGUUCAGCAACACCUUGACUGUGAAAACGGAUAACCUUGGAAACGAAGAAAUGACAUGUCCUUUCACCUUCCCUUCCACUUCAUAUGGAUACACAACGCAGGAAAACCACAGCUGGGUUCCGCCAGCCCUAGAAAACGAUUCCUUCUUGAGCAGUCUUUUCCAGACACACUUAUUAUCUCCAGCAACACCAGAAUCAAACUAUUUCUCAUCUCCAUCUUUCAACAUGAAUGACUUUGAUGGGUUCUAUAACAACCCUCGUUCAGAAUCCGGCAUUACGGAGAUCAUUUCCACCAACACAUCAGUAACAAAUUCACCUAUUCCCGAUUUCCAUUUCCCACUUGAUCCCGUGGAAAUAGAUCCAAAUUUCCCUUUCAAUACUCCAGGCUUUUUCUCCUAAUUGUACUUGAGAAUAUAUGGAAUACCACGAGUAUAAACAAAAUCAACUGAAGUAUUUUUAUACCAAGGUCACUUAUGUUUGGAUCGUAAGAGCAACAAAUAACAUCAUGAUGUCCUAGUGUAAAUUAUGUGUGAAUAGUAUGAUAUAAAGUCAUGCUAUAACAGGAUACUUCAGAAAGCAACGGAAUUUUAGAAUAAUGAAUCAGCAAUGGUAGCUAGGAAUUUACAAGUGUCCUUGAAGUUAAUAUUGGAACUACAAUUUCAGCACUUUUUAGCAGCAUUUAUUUUCAAA